AUGAACAUCAACAAUCCCUCCGCUAAAUCAAAAUGGUCCACCGGUCUCUGUGAUUGUGGCAGCAAUCCGGCGACAUGUUUCAUAACAUGCUGUCUCCCAUGCAUCACCUUUGGUCAGAUCGCAGAGGUGGUUGACGAGGGUCAAAGUUCUUGUGUGGCUCAAGGUUUCAUCUAUGGCGUCUUGAUGAUUGUUCAGUGCCAUUGGCUGUAUGCGUGCAUGUUUAGAGAAAAACUGCGAUCCAAAUAUGGUUUACCUUCUGAUCCUUGUAAUGAUUGUUGUGUUCAUUGCUGUUGUGAUGCUUGUGCUCUUUGUCAAGAACAUACUGAGCUCAAGAACAGAGGGCUUGAUCCAUCCAAAGGUUGGGUAGGACCACCAAACGCUGCACUAAAGAUGCCACCUGCAAUGGAAAGAUGA